UUCCAACCUGGAUCGGAUAUCAAGAUCGGGUCUGCUUGUUUUCUGACAAACGUCAAUUUGAUCGUGUUUCUACGUGAGCUACAGAUUCGUGUUUCUGCUGUGCACAUAAGCUCAUCGAACACUAUUGCGUGCGCCUGCUGCCAGCAGCACCAUUUGCUGUUUCAGUGCGACAAAUUCCAGUCCCUCACUCCUCACGAACGAUUCGAUCUCAUCAAAAGGAACGGCCUCUGCAUCAACUGCAUGAAAGGGGCCCAUCUAGCGAAGGACUGUACCAGUGGCGGAUGCAAAACCUGCGCGAAAAAACACCAUACGAUGUUGCAUUUAUCACCUUCGGCCACAAUGGGCAACCGUCUACAACAGCCGGUACAACUAAGUUCCUUUGCUGAAUCGAAUAGUUUGCAAAAUCAACAGCCGCAAUUCGUUUCGGUACAAAGCUCUCGGUCGGUUGAGUUUUUGAACACCUCACCAGUCGCGUCGUCGUUCCGCGAAUUGUCGUCCGCUUUCGGUUACGAACCUCCCUCGUCGUCUGUAGCCUCGUUCGAUUCAAAUUUACCUCCUAAUAAUGCCUGUCAAAGUGCUGAAGUGAUCCACAAACAGAACACAAAUGCCGUGCUGCUUUCUACUGCCGUGAUCAAGCUUCUGAAUGGGGACAAUAAGUACCAGUACGCUCGUGCGCUCUUGGAUAGUGGAUCCCAGCCCAGCUUCAUCUCCGAAGCACUGUGUCAAAGGCUCAACUUGAAGCGAACAAAGCUCAAUUCUCCAGUCAGCGGUAUCGGACAGUCUAUGGUUAACGUAUUCCUCACCGUUGCACUACCCAGUUUCAGCAUUGACGUAACACGCUGGCGGAUUCCAAGGCAUCUUCCACUUGCCGAUCCGCAGUUCAACAUUAGCCAAGGGGUUGAUGUCAUCAUCGGCGCUGAGCUUUUCUACUUGCUUCUGGAAAACCAGCAGAUCAUUCUCGAUACUGGCUAUCCAAUCCUCCAAAAAACCGUUCUUGGUUUCGUCGUCUGUGGCAAAGUCACGGAACAAGCUACCACAGAGGUAGUUGUGCAGUCUAGUCAUCUCUGCACCGACGAGUCGCUCGAUUCCCAGUUGGAAAGGUUCUGGGAGAUUGAGAAUCUUGAUAGCGAGAAGGCAUUCACUCUAGACGAGCAGUUCUGUGAGAAACAUUUCCAGCAAUCCAUUUCGAGAGACGAGAAUGGCCGAUACGUCGUUCGUCUUCCGUUGCGGGAAGAAUUGGUUUCGCUAAUUGGGGACUCGUAUACUCCUGCACUUUGUCGACUGCUGUCGAUGGAGAAGAAGUUCGCCGUUGACGAAAACUUUCAUGAAGAAUACAGUAACGUUAUGGAGGAGUACCAGAAGUUGGGCCACAUGGAGGUAAAUUCGCGCGCGUUAUCCGGCCCACAGUUUUUCCUCCCCCACCACGCCAUACAUCGCCCAGAGAGCACAACAACAAAGACUCGAGUUGUAUUCGAUGGAUCCAGCCAUGGUGCUAACGGCUUGUCGAUAAACGAAGUCAUGUACAUUGGACCCACAGUGCAGCCACCGCUGCAAGCAACCGUCAUCAAUUUUCGGAUGCCACGCUUUGCCUUUACUGCUGAUGCACAGAAGAUGUUCCAGCAGAUCUGGGUACAUCCGGAUGACCGCAGAUACCAGCAAACUCUGUGGAGGAACGAUCCAUCCGAGCCAAUUCGUGUUUACCAGAUAAAGACGGUUAUGUACGGACUGUCCAGCUCACUGUACUUAGCGACUCGAGUACUCAAUCAAUUGGCAACUGAUGACGGAGAACACUAUCCUCUCGCAGUGUCAGUCAUUCGGAAGGCAACCUACGUCGACGACGUAUUGACUGGGCACGACGAUCUACACACCCUUCAGGAAACUUGUGGCCAGCUUAUCGAAAAUGGGCGGCCAACGAUAGUACGGCACUAG